GUUUCCGGGGCGAGCCACGGAACCCGGAAGUGGUCACGGAACUCGGCCGUGGCUCCAUGGUCUGAGUGGUCAGCGGUUGCUUUUUCGUGCUCGGUAGUCGCCGCCGCCGCGCCGCCAUGGGGAAGCGACAGCACCAGAAGGACAAAAUGUACAUUACUUGUGCUGAAUAUACUCACUUUUAUGGUGGCAAGAAGCCAGAUCUCCCACAAACAAAUUUUCGUCGUUUACCUUUUGACCACUGCAGUCUCUCUCUGCAGCCCUUUGUCUACCCAGUCUGCACUCCAGAUGGCGUCGUCUUUGACUUGCUGAACAUUGUUCCGUGGCUUAAGAAGUACGGGACCAACCCCAGCAAUGGAGAGAAGCUGGACGGGAGGUCCCUGAUCAAGCUGAACUUUGCCAAGAACAGUGAGGGGAAGUACCACUGCCCAGUGCUAUUUACGGUGUUCACCAACAACACCCACAUCGUGGCUGUGAGGACGACUGGCAAUGUCUACGCCUAUGAGGCAGUGGAACAGCUAAAUAUCAAGGCCAAGAACUUCCGGGACCUGCUGACCGAUGAGCCCUUCUCCCGGCAGGACAUUAUCACCCUCCAGGACCCCACCAAUUUGGACAAGUUCAAUGUCUCUAACUUCUAUCAUGUGAAGAAUAACAUGAAAAUAAUAGACCCAGAUGAAGAGAAGGCCAAACAGGACCCGUCUUAUUAUCUGAAAAAUACAAAUGCCGAGACCCGAGAGACCCUGCAGGAGCUCUACAAGGAGUUCAAAGGGGAUGAGAUUCUGGCAGCCACCAUGAAGGCCCCAGAGAAGAAGAAAGUGGACAAGCUGAACGCUGCCCACUAUUCCACAGGGAAGGUCAGCGCUUCCUUCACUUCCACUGCGAUGGUCCCGGAGACGACACAUGAAGCAGCUGCCAUCGAUGAGGAUGUGCUCCGCUACCAGUUUGUGAAGAAGAAGGGCUACGUGCGACUGCACACCAACAAGGGAGACCUCAACCUGGAGCUGCACUGCGACCUGACACCAAAAACCUGCGAAAACUUCAUCAGGCUUUGCAAAAAGCAUUAUUACGAUGGCACCAUCUUCCACAGAUCCAUCCGGAACUUUGUGAUCCAAGGGGGCGACCCCACAGGCACAGGCAUGGGCGGGGAGUCGUACUGGGGGAAGCCCUUCAAAGAUGAGUUCCGGCCCAACCUCUCUCACACGGGCCGCGGCAUCCUCAGCAUGGCCAACUCAGGGCCCAACAGCAACAAAUCUCAAUUCUUCAUCACAUUUCGCUCCUGUGCCUACCUGGACAAGAAGCACACCAUCUUUGGACGGGUUGUUGGGGGCUUUGACGUACUGACAGCCAUGGAGAAUGUGGAGAGUGACCCCAAAACUGACCACCCUAAGGAAGAGAUCCGCAUCGAUGCCACUACGGUGUUCGUGGACCCCUAUGAGGAGGCUGAUGCCCAGAUCGCCCAGGAGCGGAAGACACAGCUCGAGGCAGCCCCGGAGACCAAAGUGAAGAGCAGCCAGCCCGAGGCAGGGAGCCAGGGCCCCCAGACCUUCCGCCAGGGCGUGGGCAAGUACAUCAACCCAGCAGCCACGAAGCGAGCGGCAGAGGAAGAGCCCUCAACCAGCGCCACUGUCCCCAUGCCCAAGAAGAAGCCCAGUCGGGGUUUUGGGGACUUCAGCUCCUGGUAGCAGCAGUUCCAGGCUGUACCUCUGCCCUUCCUUUUCUCCUCACUGAUGUUGAAGCCGCAGGCCCGAGCCCUUUGUCUCCCUGGAUGCCAGGUGGUGCCUCAUCUGCAUCCCUGCCUCACCCCGUCCACUGCCACAGGCUGCCUGAUGAUCGCUAGAGGCAUGUCUGCCCCUUGUCACCCUGCUGCACACCAGCCUCUGGUCCUUCAUCAUGCUAAGAACAAGAACUGCACCACGGCUGACUCCGCCUCUUCUCCAGCCUAUCCCUCUGCAGCCUGUCACCCCAUCUGUGACUGUUGAUCAGGCCCCUGGAGUGACUUUUGAUGCCCUCAAUGCCUCGCACCAGGCACUGUCUUCAGCGAGGUCUGGUCUAGCCCUGGCAGGGGCUUACUUGUAAGAGGCUCAGACACCAAGCUGGGCCUGCACAGGAGGAGCGCAGUGUCCAGGGUACAGGUGUGGGGGGGAGGUGAAAACUGACCAGGAAGGGAGAAGCAGGUUUGGAGAGGACCCUGUGGCCACCCUGGCUGGCCCUGACUGUAUUCUCUGGCCACAUUCAAAUCCCCGCAAUGGUGGGGGCAGAGAAGUAGGACCAGACCGCCCUUGGCUCCAGAGCUUGAAGAACCUAAGACAGCCCUCUGCUCUCAGGGGUGCCAGAGCGAGCCUGGGCUCAGCCUUCCGCAUCAGGACAUGGCCUCGUCCACUGAGAGCACAAUUUAAACAAACAUUUGACAUCAGAAGCUUUAUUUGUAAACCUCACACAGAUAAGGACCAAGGGCUGGCAGCGUGGCCAGAGGACAGGGGAAGUUGAAGGCCCCGUGCUUGAGCUUGGCAGUCCUGCUCCUUGCAGUGAAGCCGCCGUGGGUGACCGUCCAGCCUCACCCAGUGGCCUGCACAGUGAGGGAAGGGCUUCAGGACCGUCUGCCCCUGGGGCAGGGGAUAGGCCACCAAGGACCUUGGCAAGUGAAGGUUUACAUUUCUGUAGUUUGUUUUAGAGCUUAAUUUGCAGGUUUUUAGCUAUUAAAACCACUUGAAUUUUUAACAACCUGAUGAGGGCAUCAGGUAAAUUAAGGAUUUUGGGAAGA